AUGGCCAACGUCCCCGAGGGCAUUGCCCACUUCGAGUUUCAAAAAAUGCAGCUCAUGAACGGUUUAGGCGCUGUCGCCGAACAGCUGCGUAACUGCGCCAGCUUUGCGGAUCAAUUCGCUCAAGUAGUAUCCCAUGUGCAGUACGGUGGGGCUGCAGCCGUUGGCCAGUUCGUAAUGCCCCCCGGCGGUAUUCCUGCACAGGUUGUCGGUGGUAAACGCAAGUCGCGCAUCAAAGUGGAUGCGGACGGCAGAAGGAUCAGGACACCAAGAAAAUUGAAGGAUCCUAAUGCUCCCAAACGACCUGCUUCAUCGUACCUCAUUUUCCAGAACGACGUUCGUCAAAAGUUGAAAGAAGAGCAUCCCGGAAUCGCGAAUAAUGAGUUGUUGACUAUGAUUGCAAAACUCUGGGGCGAGAUGCCAAAGGAGAAAAAAGAACAAUACGAGGCGAGACAAAAAGUCAUGAAGGAUCAAUGGCUCGUCGACAAGGCCCAGUAUGAGAUUGGGGGCUCUCCGGAUACAGCCGUGCCUGUCGUCGUAGCUGAACCUGCGAUCGUUGCUGCUGCGAAACCAGAUAAGGUAGCUGCAGAGUCCUCAGAUGAGUCAGAGGAGGAAGAAGAGGGAACGUCGACACCCGAAAGCUCUAGUGGGGACGAGGAUGAUGAGGAAGAGGAGCAACCUCCUCCCAAGAGAUCAAAGAAAGAGAGCGGGUCUCCAUCUAAGGUCGUGCAGACCCCCAAGAAGCAGAAGAAGUCGAAGGCUUGA